AUGCUGCCCGUAGGCCUCGAGGCUCCCCGCGCACUCACCCGGCGGCCUCUUCUGCGUCUGCUGCUCCUGCUGUGGCUGCUGCUGUGGCCGGUAACCCGCGCUCAGACCACGCAGGGAACCCCCAGCGCCUCGACCAGGCCGGACACCUCCAGCGCCCCAACAGCGCCGGGCUCCCCGAGAGCCUCGAGUCUGCAUGAGCGCGCGCGGGCCCUGAUGCGGGACUUCCGGCUCGUGGAUGGCAAGAACCACCUGCCCCUGUUCCUGAAACAGCAUUUCCGGAACGAGCUACAGGAGGGCAACCUGCGCAAUUUCAGCCUUGGCCAAACCAGCCUGGACAAGCUCAGGGAUGGCCUCGUGGGUGCCCAGUUCUGGUCAGCCUACGCACCAUGCCACACCCAGGACCAGGAUGCUGUGCGCCUCACGCUGGAGCAGAUUGACCUCAUUCGUCGCGUGUGUGCCUCCUACUCUGAACUGGAGCUUGUGACCUCAGCCAGAGGACUGAACAGCACUCAAAAGCUGGCUUGCCUUAUUGGUGUGGAGGGUGGUCACUCACUAGACAGCAGCCUCUCUGUGCUGCGCAGUUUCUAUCUGCUGGGAGUACGCUACCUGACACUCACCUUCACCUGCAACACGCCCUGGGCAGAGAGUUCCACCAAGUUUCAACACUUCUACACCAACAUCAGUGGGUUGACAAGCUUUGGAGAGAAGGUGAUAGGGGAAAUGAACCGCCUGGGCAUGAUGGUGGACUUGUCCUACGGGUCAGACACCUUGGCGCGACAAGCCCUGAAGGUGUCAAGGGCCCCUGUGAUCUUCUCCCACUCAGCUGCCAAGGCUGUGUGCAACAAUAUGCUGAAUGUUCCCGAUGACAUCCUGCAACUUCUGAAGAAAAAUGGUGGCAUUGUGAUGGUGUCGCUGUCCACGGGGGUGCUGCCGUGUAACCUGUUUGCUAACGUGUCCACUGUGGCAGAUCACUUUGACCACAUCAGAGCCGUCGCUGGAUCUGAGUUCAUCGGGAUUAGCGGAAACUAUGAUGGGUCUGGCCGGUUCCCACAGGGGCUGGAGGACGUGUCCACAUACCCGGUACUGAUAGAGGAGUUGCUGAGGCGUGGCUGGAGGGAGGAAGAGCUGCAGGGUGUCCUUCGUGGAAACCUGCUGCGGGUCUUCAGACACGUGGAACAGGUGAGAGAGGAAAACAGUGGCCAGAGCCCUGCGGAGGAUGAAUUUCCAAACAGGCAGGUGGGCAGGUCGUGCCACUCCCACCUGACUCAGCCUCAGAAUGAACACCUGGCCACACACCGGGUGGGAAACAAGUGGCCAACCAAUCAGGCCCUCCAGAGGCCCUCAAAAGCGUCCCCACACCUCGUUCUGGGGCUCAUGGCUGCUGCCACCUUCUCAAUCCUCAUCCUAUGGCUCUAGUGACCUGGCCAGUCCUCCAGAGGUCACUGUGUCAAAGUCUCACAAAGUUCCCCUCCUAGUGGUCCAGGCACAAACAUAGGUAUGCUGAGAAUAAAUAUUUUGGGUACAGAGCCAGGUGUGAAUGUCCUUCCUUCUUCACAGGCAGGGGGGUUGAGUCUGGUGGGCUCUUGGUUGGUGAGCCGGCUUAUGUUCUAGCCCCAGCUGCUCAAGAUGGGUGGUUCCCAUUAGCCUCCAGCUUUGUCUUUCUCAGGAAAGGCAGAGGCAUCUUACCUUAUUAUUCUAAAAGCCUGAGCUCACAGAAGAGCACUAAGGAAUCAAGAGCAGAGUUGAUCCCAUCAUGGAGUGUGACAGUGGUAGUUCCCAAUCUCUCUGAAAGGUUUAAAAUUUUUUUUUGUUUUUGUUUGUUUGUUUUUAAAGGGUGAUACCUUUUGUAGCAUAAACUAACUUGUUUGGAAGUGUCAAGAGAGGAAGCGUGAAAAGCUUUUAGAUUUUUCAGGUAGGGUCCUCUUUUUUUUCUUAAACUGAUUUUUCAAUGGAGGUGGAGAAAUCAGGUCUUGGAAAGAAAAAAAAUAAAGGAACAUAGUGCCAUCUGCUCAGCUUACUACAGGCCUUCCAUCUCGGACCACUUUCCUCUCCCAAUCCACAAGGAUGGGCCAGAGCCAGAUCGAAGUUCCUUCCAUGGGAACUCGAAAUUAGCAGAGAGACUACAGUGCCACGUAUGACAUAAAUUGUGUCCAUAUAUAUGUGGGUCUGUCUUUGAAUUCUGUUCCAUUUAUUUGGGCUAUUUGUUUAUUGUAUUAUCAAUACUAUAAAGUUUUAAUCAC